UGUACUGAUCGCUGCUGUGCUGCAAAGCAGACAGGCAGGCAAAGCAGCUGCAGAGAGAGCAGGGAAUGCUGACAACAACGGACAACCUCAUGUUGGAGAAGUCAGAAACGCAACAUUUGCCUGUAUUGUGAUUUGAUGUACAAUAUUUUCCACGCCUAGCCGUUUUUGCUCUUCGCGUAUUCUUUGUUUCGACGCAUACGUGGGAUUAUAUUUCUCGUUCUGUCGACCUGAAAUGACUGCUAGUCGCCGCGUCUAGCCAAUGGUUGCUGCGGGGGCUCCUGUCUUGUGGAUUAUCCGUCGUCGCCGAGGAGCCAGUCGCAUGGUCGAGCCCGGAGGAGGCCCCGCUCUGCUGGAUGGAUGUGUGUGAAGCAGCGCCGAACUCCGAGUACUGAUGAAGACGGUGAUAGUGAUGAUGCUCGGGUUUCAUCGGCAGUGGGUGAACUGAUCUUGGAUGUUCGGGCUAUAUCGCCCCUACACAAACCAUUUCCUCAUACAGCUAAAAUUAUAUUCCUUAAAAACUGGACGCCCCUGGAGCAGUUUAUGACGACCCUGGUAGGAGCGUGAUGAGCGCGCGCUUCCGCUUGCCUGCUGGCAGAUCCUACAAUGUCCGGGCGACGGAGCUGGAGCGAGACAGGCAGCACACACAGGUUGUGUGCAACGUACUGCUGCUGGACAACACAGUCCAGGCAUUCAAAGUCAGCAAGUCGGAUCAUGGCCAGGUGCUGCUGGAUGCUGUCUUUAAGCACCUGGAGCUGACCGAGAGAGACUACUUUGGCCUGCACUUGGCUGAUGACUCCUCAGAUGCACCGCGCUGGCUGGAUCCCAAUAAGCCCGUCAGGAAACAGUUAAAAAGAGGGUCUCCCCAUAACUUGAGUUUCAGAGUCAAAUUCUUUGUGACAGACCCCGGUAAACUUCAGGAAGAAUACACACGGUACCAAUAUUUUCUUCAGAUCAAACAGGAUAUAUUAACUGGAAGACUGCCCUGUCCUCACAAUACGGCUGCACUGCUGGCAUCCUAUGCUGUACAAUCUGAGUUGGGGGACUACAGUGAAACGGAGCAUAGUCCAGGCUAUCUGUCUGAGUACUGCUUCAUCCCGAAUCCCCCGCAAGAUUUUCACAAAGAGGUCGCCAAACAUCACCAACAGCACAGCGGUCUAUCUCCUGCCCAGUCAGAGUUUAAUUAUCUGAACACAGCACGUACGCUGGAGCUCUACGGGGUAGAGCUGCACUAUGCAAGGGACCAGAGUAACACAGAGAUCCUCAUCGGAGUGAUGUCCGCCGGCAUUGUGAUUUACAAGAACAGGGUACGGAUCAACUAUUUCCCAUGGUUGAAAAUAGUGAAAAUCUCCUUCAAGUGCAAACAGUUCUUCGUCCAGCUGAGAAGAGAGGUGACUGAGACUCGGGAGACGCUGCUGGGUUUCAACAUGGUCAACUAUCGGGCCUGUAAGAACCUGUGGAAAGCCUGCGUGGAGCACCACACCUUCUUCAGGCUGGAGCGGCCCAUCCCACCACAGAAGAACUUCUUCGCUCACUACUUCACCCUGGGCUCAAAGUUCAGAUACUGCGGACGGACGGAGGUGCAGUCUGUGCAGUAUGGAAAGGAGAAAGGAAUCAAGGACAGAGUAUUUGCCAGGUCUCCCAGCAAGCCAUUAGCCAGGAAGUUGGUGGGCGGGACAGACUGGGAGUCGGUCAGCAGGAACAGCCUAUCAGAUGAGAGACUGGAGACCCAAAGCCUGCCUACUCGCUCACCACCCGGCACGCCUAAUCAGAACUCUCUGUUUGUGCAAGAGGGGACACGGAUACGCCCAUCGUCAGUUGGCCACCUGGUUGAUCAUGUGAUCCACGCCUCGCCCAGCCUGCCUGUCUUCUCCUCCAAUCACAAGUCAGCAUCGUCCACGCAGGCCAACAGCAUCAGCCUGGACUCUACACCGUCUCCAGAUGGGGUAGAUGGCCAGCCUCCAGCUCUGCCCCCCAAGCAGCUGAGCAGGAAGACACUGAGCCAGAUCAUUCAGGCCCACUCCCAGCAGAGCCUCCUGGACAACCACCUCAACGAGAUGUAUGAUGUUCCCGUAAACGCUGACAAGACCACGUUAAAUGGAGUAGUCCCUCAUGAUAAUCUGGUCCUUAUCAAGAUGAGACCUGAUGAACAUGGACGUUUUGGCUUCAAUGUCAAGGGUGGAGCUGACCAGAAGAUGCCUAUCAUUGUGUCAAGAGUGGCUCCGGGAACAUCAGCUGACCUGUGUGUGCCUCGCCUUAAUGAGGGCGACCAGGUGGUGUUAAUUAAUGGGCGGGACAUCUCAGACCACACCCAUGACCAGGUGGUCAUGUUCAUCAAAGCCAGCUGUGAGAGCCACUCUGGGGAGCUAAUCCUAUUGGUCAGACCCAAUGCCAUCUAUGAUGUGGUGGAGGAGAAGGUGGACUCGGAGCCAGAUUUUCAGUACAUCCCAGAGAAGUCCCCUCAGGACCCUGCCCAGCUAGACCAGCAUGCUUUGAGGGACUCUAUGGUCACACUGAAGGAAGGCCUGAGCAGUGGAGCCAUAUUGGCACAGUUUGAUCAACUGUACAGGAAGAGGCCGGGGAUGACCAUGCUGUGUGCCAAAUUACCUCAGAACGUUUCCAAAAAUCGCUACAGAGACAUCUCUCCAUAUGAUGCCACACGGGUCAUUCUGAAAAGCACAGAUGACUACAUCAAUGCAAAUUACAUCAAUAUGGAGAUUCCAGCAUCCAGUCUGAUAAACCGCUACAUAGCGUGCCAGGGCCCACUGCCCAACACCUGCCCUGACUUCUGGCAAAUGACCUGGGAACAGGGUUCAUCUAUGGUGGUCAUGCUGACUACACAGGUCGAGAGGGGCCGGGUGAAAUGUCACCAGUACUGGCCCAACCCAGACAGCAACGCUACCUACGGAGACUUUACAGUUACUUGCCACAAUGAAGAGGGCAACUCAGCCUUCCUGGUCCGGGAGAUGACUCUCAUGCACACACAGAGUGAGCAGCAGAGGGAGCUUACUCAGAUUCAGUACCUGGCUUGGCCUGACCACGGCGUUCCUGAUGACUCCACUGAUUUUCUGGAUUUUGUGGCUCUGGUACGGACCAAACGGGCUGGACAGGACCAUCCAAUGGUGGUACACUGCAGUGCGGGAAUUGGUCGGACAGGGGUUCUGAUCACCAUGGAGACGGCAUUGUGUCUAAUGGAGUGCGGUCAGCCAGUAUAUCCUCUAGAUAUUGUCAGGACCAUGAGAGAUCAGAGGGCCAUGAUGAUACAAACACCUAGCCAGUACCGCUUUGUGUGUGAGGCUAUCCUGAAAGUCUACGAGGAAGGUCUGGUCAAACCACUGAAGACAGUCGUCUACCAGCAGAGAGAAAAGGCGAACGACGAGAUGGAGGAGGAGAAGAAAGAGCAGCAGAAAGCGGGAGAAGAGAGAGAGGAGUCAGCAGCGACAGAGGAAGGGGAGGCGGCUGUGGUGGAGCUGCUGGAAGGAGAACUGGAUGAAGAGGACGAUGAUGAUGAGGAAGUGGAGGUGCUGGAUGUGGGAGAAGUGACGGAGGAGGGGGAGGAAGAGGAAGAAGAGGAGGAGGAAGUGGAGGAGCCGAGUGUCGCGAGCGCCACCAGCGUUACAAGCGAGACCAGCGUGAACCCUGACCCUGACCCUGGCCCUGCUAACCCGUGACCUUUGACCUCUGGGCAGGUCUUCGUGGAUUACCAGGAGGAGGCCAGGUGGCCAGAGGAGAGAACAAAAGCACUGUUGCACUUUAUGCUGACAAAAAUGGAAAAAAAGACAAAUACAAACAAACGUGAAAAUCAUGGACAAGAUCAAAUAAAAACAGAAAUCCAGCUGUGUUGAAUAGGUACCAGUAGGGGAUAUUGUAUGAUCAGGGUAUAGAAAAAAAGUAUACAAAGAGUAAAAAGUUACAAGUACGAGAGAAUAAAAUGAGGAUGGGGAAUCGCUGUAGUGCCAUAAGUACGAAGGGGAAGGGCUGCCCCCGUGGAUGGAAAGCUCUCUGCCCCUCUUUUUUUACCCAAAGGGUCGCCCUGUCCCCUUCUGAGUGAGUCUGCCAGACAGACCUGCCUUUUUUUUAGUGUCCUUUUAGCUGAUAAAGAGAUAUACCUUAUCUUUUGUUCCUCAGAAAGAGUAUUUAUUGUGUUUUAGUUUGUGUCAAACCCUGUCCACUGAACAAAAAAAGUUGUAUGUUUUGUUUGUAUGAGUCUAGAGCUUCAUGCUUUCCUGAUUAAAUCCUAGGUAGUAAAGUAGUGUGAUUCCUCUUCUUCUAACUACUUCUUUAUUUCUUUUGCUUUUUGUGGGGGAAAAAAACAGUGAUUUAAUUUAUUGUACUUGGUUUUUUUUAUCUUUCUCAGCUUUCUUGUCUAAGUUUCUGACAGCACAGACUGACAGAUGGACAGCUGAAAGCACUUUGUGUCUCACCUCUUGUUCAAUGCUGUGGCAAGUCAGAUACUUUAUCCUGCUUUGUGCUGUGUAUUUGAGCUUACAGACACACAACACAAGUGGCCGUCGUUUGGUGUGGUGAUCAACAUAACUGGUUUACAAUCCUCAGGGCCAGUGUUUACCGGGGACCUCUCCCACUUUUGUUCCUAGUCACAGCGAUUAGUUCAGAUAAGUCGUCCUCACAGUGUGUACUGCUCAACAACAUGUAUAUUUCAAUACAAGAGAAUGAAACGGUGUCAUAACGAGAGGCCCCAGUAGACACACAGCCUCACUGAGUUACAAUCUAAACAAGGCUGAGGUCAGUUCAUUUCUUUUUUUCAAAUUCAUCGCAGUGACUUUAAACCUGCCGAUGUGUCCUUGAGCCAGACACUGACAGCAAAGUUUCCAUUUUAUCUAAAGACCUACAGCUUCCCUCUGAACACAACGAGCAAAUGUUGAUCCACUUUAUGCAACCCAAAUAUUUCUUGCUUUCUUUGCACGGGUCAUUAUGAUGGAAAAAAACAAGUAGAGGUCAGACACCUACAUCAUUAUUUCUGAAGUGGUUGAAAGGCUGCUAGGAGUUUUAUGCAAUCAGUAUUUCGUUUUUGCCCCAAACUUUGACAGAAUAGUUGCUUACUGCAUUGACAGUGAACUGAUCUCAACCUUAGUGUGAAUGAACUUUACUAGCUCCCUCCAUUGAUCUCACCACUUUUUUUUGUUUAACAUGCAGUGGGUCCAAACUUUUGCAACCUGGAAACAGAAGCAAACCUACUUACAUUAAGUUGAGACUGACGGAUCAUGUGACAAAACUGGACUUUUUGUUUUACUCAAUGGCCUACAGUGGGAUUGAGAGGUCACUGGAGCGGAGCUUAAAAUCUACCAUUGCUGUGUAAUUUGAUCUAAAUCUGUCUGCCGGAGAACAGUUCAAAGAAGCAGCACAAACAGAACCUUCAAUCGAUAGUUUUAUUUUCUUCAUUGAUCUUUCCCAAUGAUUCUUCAUCAUUUUUAAGGCAUGUGCUGUUUUUAAGUCAUGAUGAUGUGUUAAUGAGUGAAAAGAGACUAAAUGAUGAUGCAUUUUUAGCUCACAAGACCCAAUAUCAAGUUGGUUGUUGAAUCUUUUAUUUUUGGUUUUGCUCAAGUACAGGUUAAGCUGUCAUUGUGUUUCUCAUAUGGAAGUGUGGUAUAUGGAGCAGGCCUCUUCUUAAUUUGAGGUAUUUUUCUUCUCGGCUGCUGCAGUACCUGCUGUCAUUGGCUCCUACAAUGGAUUCUGCUGGACAAACCCUACUGCUGUGUGUGUGUGUGUGUGUGUGUGACAGAGUGCGUGUGCGUACUCCCUCUCUCUUCCUCUGCCAUUUCUAACAUGUAGUUUGUUAGCUGUCUGGUCUAAGCCUGCUUAUCUGUUAACUGGAAUGAAAGGUUGUGCCAUAAAGCCACAAACCUAAUCUAACAUGAUCUCAAGUUUUUGAAGAAAAAAAACACAGAGCCUUCUUGAAAAGUUUUAAAUCCAGGUUGAAUCUUUGCCUGUGAAACAAUUCACACCGUGCUCAUACCUCCCUUUCAAGCAGCUGAAUCAUACUUUUGCCACAUGUAGAGGUGGGAUCAAGAAGAGCCUAGAAUCUGCUUUCCUCCUUUUCUUUUCUUAAUCUCUCCUGUACUGCAUCCCUCUCCCAAAAUCGGCCUAACAUCCUUCAGUUGUUUCUGCAGAGCCCACGCAACAUCCACAGUCCAUUCUUCUCAUUGUUUUUCCCCCGAUGCCUCUCUUUUGGAUCAUUAUACAUAGAUCCCACUCUCUCUGCAUGGCCUCGAGGCAAAUGACACAUCUGAGCGGAAUACCGUGGGUACAGUAGCACAGUAUCGAACAGCUUGUUUCCUACAGAAAGACAAACCGAGGCUCGUCAGUGAAUGGCUGACUGAAUAUCCGGUUUUAACUUUUUCUGUUAUUGACAAAUACAUUGCAGGCCCAACAUGUAUGAGCUCAAAAAUCAAACAAAAAGAAGGGAUAAAAAAAAAAAAAAAAAACACUGGCUUUUGUAUUUGGCAGCCGGGCCAGGCAAAUCGAAAUAAAUUAACGGACAACAUUUUCGGACGAAGUUGCAUCAAUCACAAGUUCAAAAAACCUUGAGAAUUUCUAACAAGAAAUGUAACCCUUCGCCCCCUUUGCGGUGAAAAGUUAAGAAUUGAUCAUUCAGGGCUGCCAGAGUUUCCAUCUGCACAAAACAUCCAGCAACGAGCUGUCUGUGUUCAAAGUGUUUUGUUGUUGACACAUAAUUGGUACUGUCUGUGCGUUUAGGGUACUGAUCUGAAGUAGUUUGGAGGGGAUGAGACGUGGGAAGGGCUCGGGUUAGCUGUAUUUUUGUAAAGAUGAUGACAGUUCUAGUUGGAUAGGGGAGGAGCAGCACUUUGUAGAAGGCUGAGUGGCAGGUAGUGCUACUGGAAAAAAAAAGUUAGAGACAUAAAGCAUUGUUAAAAUGAGUUGUUCUUUUUUUUUUAAUUUAUCAUUUUUAUUUUGUUUGAAAAUAAGACACCUGUAGGGAACAAGAAAAAGAACUCCUAACUACACAGUGCCACUUGUUAAUUUUGUGUAAAUAAUACUAGACCGUGUAAAUACAAUGUUGUAUAUGAAAAAAAAUCUUUAAAAUAAAAGGGAAAAUCCUUUGUGAGCAGAAAGAUUUUGUUUUUAUUUUCUGUUUUUCCCUUUGGAUGAUUCAAAUGUGACACAAAUGGUGUGUAUUUUAAGACUGCUAUUUCGGAAAAAAAUUUUGUUUUAUUUGAAUCUAUAACAGCGAGUGUAUAUAUAAUGAACCGCAAAAUAAUGACAAAUGUUUUACCGUAUUAUACCCUUGGUUAACUCCUACCUGUGUCAUAAAAACCUUUGUCCUCAGUUGCUUGUUUCUUUCUGGUAUCAUGGUUUUACGGUGCUUUGGACAUGUCUAUAAGCUUGAUUAUGAACAAUUAAAGCUUGUCUGUCAAAGCAUGGA